UCUAACUUCAGAAUGUUCAUUUUUUCCCAGGCGCAUUGGUCUGGAACAAAAGGAGGGCUCCUUGCUUUCAUCCCUCCCUGCUCAGACACCAUCCCUUCCGAGAAGUCCAGAAUAACUCAAUGACUCAACGCGAUGACACCUCUCCAGUGUGGGCGUCUCUCCCUCCUCCUCGUGGUGCUGCUGCACUACACAAACCCACUCGAGGAUAAUAAGAUUCAUAGUUUGUGUACAGGCAGCCCGGGUAUACCAGGAUCCCCAGGGUUGCACGGUAGCCCUGGCCAGCCGGGCCGAGACGGUCGAGAUGGCAGAGACGCCCCUCCAGGAGAACGAGGGGAACGGGGAGAUCCAGGGGAGCCAGGUCAGCCAGGUGUGCGUGGUCUGACGGGAGACAGGGGCGACCCUGGAGAGAAAGGUGAGAGAGGCUCACCGGGAGAGUGCGCCGUUGCUCCCAAAUCGGCCUUCAGCGCCAAGCUGUCCGAGUCGCGCACCAUGCCCCUGGCGGCAGGGGAGGCGGUACGCUUUGACAAAAUUGUGCUGAAUGAGCAGGGGGAUUACAACAUGGAGACCGGACGCUUCACCUGCAGGGUGCCAGGCGUGUACUACUUCGCCGUCCAUGCCACGGUGUACCGGCAAAGCCUGCAGUUCGACCUGAUGAAGAAUGGCCACACUGUGGCCUCCUACUUCCAGAUCUUUGGGAACUGGUCUAAGCCGGCCUCGCUCUCCGGAGGCACUCUGCUGCACCUGAUUCCCGGUGACCAGGUAUGGGUGCAGAUGGCCCUGGGCGAGUACAUGGGCUUGUACUCCAGCUCCAAGACAGACAGCACCUUCACUGGCUUCCUGGUGUAUUCAGACUGGAAAAACUCCUCUGUUUUUGCCUAGUUUCAAAGCACGUGCUUCCUAAACACACCAAUACAGUACUCACUAGCUAACAACAGAUGAGACCUGAAAAUAUCACCAUAAUUUUCUUGUGCUUUGUGUUGCCACGGUUACAGACAAAGGCCCUUGUUGAUCAAUGUUUGGGCCUUCAGAUGUUUUUAACAAGCCUUUUAAUGCUUUUCUCUAAUGGAUGAUUAUAUGCUCAGCAUCGCUCGGACAUUCUGUUAUUGGCAGUGAAUCGAAUUCUACAUAAAGCAGAAAGCCCCAGUUGCCUUUACAUUUGAUGUGCUCCAGCAGUGAAGCAUUAACAAAAAAAUGCAUUAAAAUACAAAACACUUAUAUUAUUUCAGUUUUGAUUCAGAUAUGGGUUGAUUUAUCUAUUACCACUGUACACAAUAUCCGAGCAUCUUUGAAUAAAGCCAUCAAUAAAGGUAUAUGCACAAUUAAGUUGAAUUUAUUACUGGUUAACCAAAAAACAUUGCUGUUUGUUUGACUUUGGGAGUAGAAAGAAUUGGGUGUUUAUUAAAAAAUGCAUUUAAA